AUGGCAUCAGUUUCAAGCCCAGCUUUUACCCAGCGCGUGGUGCAGGCUAUGCGCUCGCUCUACCCCGAGGAACUAGCCGAUCGUGCCUGGGACAAUGUUGGACUGCUGCAGGACAAUGUCGCCCCAGCCAGUGGGGACGUCCCUCGUCGCGUGCUGCUCACGAACGACCUUACUGAGAGAGUCGCUGAGGAGGCUGUGAAGAAAGGGGUUUCGGUGAUUGUGAGCUAUCACCCCUUCAUCUUCCGCGGCCUCAAAUCUAUCACGACCAAUGAACCGCACCAACGCAUCAUCCUUCGCCUGGCACAAGCCAACAUUGCAGUCUAUUCCCCCCAUACCGCCGUCGACGCCGCCCCCUCCGGCCUAAACGACUGGCUCGCCGACAUCCUCCCAUCCCACAACAUUCCCCUCUCCUCCCGGUCCAUCGCCCAGCCCCUGCGCACCCCUGCGCCCCCCGGCUUCGAGCAAUCGGGCUAUGGCCGCCUUCUUACCCUCUCCCAACCAACCUCCCUCUCCUCCAUCGUCAAGGCCUACGCCUCCGGCCUAGGCUCCUUCCGCCACGUGAUUGUCUCCCCUCCCCAUAAUGCUUCCGAUCCGAAGGAGGCCCUGAUCAGAAGUGUGGCCGUGUGUGCUGGGUCCGGGGCGGAUGUGUUCAAAGAUGUGGAUGCCGAUUGCUAUGUGACGGGGGAAAUGAGCCAUCAUGUGGCGUUGAGGUUGGGGAUGCUGGGGAAGGCGGUAGUGAUGGUGUUGCAUAGUAAUUCGGAGAGGGGGUAUCUCAAGGGGGUGAUGAAGCCGAGGUUGGAGGAAUUGCUUAAGGAGGAGGGGGCGGAGGUGAUUGUGAGUGAGGAGGAUAGGGAUCCGUUUGAGAUUUGGGAUGUUAGUGAGUUGUAG